AUGUCCGCUUCGCUGUCAUCGCUUCGACAAUCGAGCUCCCCCAGUGGAGUUUUUCGCUUCCUCGAUCUUCCUAGCGAAAUCCGCAAUAAAAUCUACGACAUGGCAACAUGUGACAUCGAAGAUCCCGAGCCACUUGAUAAUCCAGACAAAAUAUCUCUCAAUGUGUUUAAGAAUAAUCUUAACACUAAUCUAUUCUUAACUUGUCGUCAAAUCCACGACGAAGCAAAAUACGUCAUGAUGACCAAGAAUCUUUUCGUCGAAGUCCAACUAUCGGGAGUAGGAAGAAGAUUGAAUAAUGAAUUCAAGCACAUGCUUUCUCUAUACAGAGUCCCAGUUGUCAGUAUCAAGGAAGAUAUAGAUCCAGAAGAACGUUCUUUCGAUGGCUGUGUCGUAAGAUAUCGCGUAUCUUGUGAUGAACAAAGAAGUGUAUGGGAACGAGACUCGAUUGAUGCCUUGGUCAUAUCGCAUCGUCACAUGAAUCAAUUCCUUGAAGCUAUUCACCAGACUCAAUGGUUUAUCUCAACAUGCACAAAGACACGUUCGUAUCAUGAUAUCACACUUCAAAACCCUUUUGUCUCCAGGUCCACACACGUUGGUGACAGUCGCAGUCACAGUCGAUUUUCCAUUGAGGCCUUACAGAACAAAGAAGAAGCACUUUUAUCUCCAUUCUCCACUAUCAAAGAAGGCCCAACAUAUAUUUCAAAGGACUGGUCUGGAUCUUAUGUACAACACGACAAGACGAGACCUCCCGUCGUUUCCUCUAUCACCACUGAAAGCGUGUUGGAAGACUUAGAAAUGUUAAUUAGAAAGGGACGAGACCAUCACCUUCGAGGUAUAUACUUGUAUGCCGAAGAAUUCUACAAGCUUACCGACUACAAAAUUUCAGUUCUGAUGAGCUCCCUUCGCAACACGACAGUCACCAAACUUUUUGAAAUGGAAGGACUCGACCCUGACGAUCAAUUAGCCGAAAGAGAACAUUUUGAGGAUGAACUAGCCGAGAUAUACUCCACAGUAUGCUACCGUCGUGCAGAAAAUGCUCUUGCGGAUAUGCGUCGUCUUGUAGAUAAUGGUUUGGGUCAACACUCACGCGAUGCGUGUGACAUUAUCCACAAGAUGGCGUCACAAGGUCGAGCACCCUUAUCAUUCCCUUUUUUCGUACCAAAUCCAGAGCGAAUUGCAGAUCACAUAUUCAUGGAAGCUGUUUCAUUCAGGCUAUGGGAAGAAGUACGCAGGGGCGACCGAUGGAGUAUCGAUAAGGCUUUGGAGAAGGUAGAAUCAGGUCUCGAAAUGGCUCCCAAUCACCCUGGGUUGAAAGCCGAAAAAUAUCGUAUCGUUCGUCGAAGAGUGGAAUCGAUCCUAGAUUUCUCUAUCGUUUUGAACGUGGCUCAUCCUCCAUUGUUCGCUGAAAGUACCUAG